AUGCUGCCCGAUGAGAAGCCCUCGCGGCUGCUGAUCAUCUACGACGGCGAGCAGCGAGGCCGGCAGAUUUUCCGGUCUUUCGUCAAGCCGGUGCUGGAUGCCGGGGCCAUCGACUACAAGGUGAUCGACCUGAACGCCAAGCCGAAGAAGGACAAGAAGAAGACCCCGUGGGAGAUCGCCGAAGAGCAGCGCCUGGCCCAGCUCGAGGCCCAGCGCCUAGUGGAGGAGUCCUCCAUCGACUCGGUGUCCACGCGCAUCGCCACCACCCCCGAGGGGGGAGCCCCCCCUGCGGCCGAGGCCGCCGACAACCCGGAUGCCGCCGCCAAGCCCUCCACGCCGCCGCCGCCGCCGCCGCCGCCGCCGCCCAAGUGCAAGGUCGCCCGGCGGAUCGGCGAGGAGCUGCGCGACGAGGAGCACAUCAACGGCGUCAUCUGCAUCUCCUCGACGGUUUUCCGCGACGUCCUCAACGGCAUGGCCGACCGCGCUGCCGACACCUCCAAGCCCAUGGUCCCGGUGGGCUUCGUGCCGACCAUCCACUACUAUGGCUGGCGGCGGAUCUUCGGCUUCUUCCAGGACUAUGCGCAGAUGCGCCUGGCCGGCCCGACGGCCCUGGCCGCGGUCCUGAACAAGUGGCGCCCCCUGCGUCUGGGGGACUUUGCCCGGGUCGACGAGCAGGCCGACCUGCGCCGGGAGCUCCGCAUGCACCUGGCCGGCGGCGACGAGGGCCAGCGGGUCCUGUACAACCCCCGGGCGGUGGACCUCCGCAAGCGGCUGCUCAUCUUCGACCUGGAGGCCCCGGUGGCCGGCGAGGGGACCGGCGCCGAGCAUGGGCCUCUGCCCAGCAACGGCGUGCCGGUCAUCCCCUCUGCCCGGCCGGUUGCCGUGUGGGACUUCGAGGAGCUGGCUCGUCUGCAGGAGGCCGGCUACGCGUCCAAGUAGGAGCCGCCUGCGUGGGCUCCCUCCCCCCCCCCCCCGUUUCC